AUGUCUGACCAGUAUCCAUCUGCAAAGCUCGUGACGGACGAGAUUUUCAACCGCAUCACUCGAGAGUCAGUGCGACUACACCGACGGAAGCAGGAGAUGCAGCAGACCGAGGAGGCCAUGGUCAGGCAGGAAGGAGCAGUCAGAAAGCAGGUGGCGAACCUAGAGCAGGUCGAGAAGGAUCUCAAUGGCAAAUCAGCCGAGUUCCUGUCGCUCGAGGCUGCUACUUCGGACGACAUGCGAGUACUGGACCAACGCGAGAGGGAUGUUGCUGCACGCGAGAUGGCAUUGGAGCGACGAGAAGACGAAUUUGAAAAGUUGGAACAGGAGUCGAAGAAGGCGAAGCGAGAAUUACGCCACACCAUCUGCUCGUAUAACACGCAGCUCGACGCGUACGAAGACCUCCAGGCGAAGUACCAGAAAACUCGCGUGCUCGCAGGCAAAACCGAGGUCGAGAAUCGCCUGUUGAAGACGCAGAGUGACAGAAACGAGAAAGGAAUGGAGAAGGUUACAUCGCAGCUCGAGGAACAGCGUGAGAAGAACAACGACCUGCUGGAGAGGAACGCGGUGCUCACUGAGCAGACUGCCUACUACAAGAAAGAGCUGCAGCGAUAUCGUAGCAGUCCAUUGCCGGGAGCAUCACCUAUCUUGUCUGCGGCAUCAACUACCAAAGGCAAUCCAGCGACAUACAAGCCGACUGGACCACUGCCGACCCGGCCACUGUACGCUGAGUCUACUGUCUCUUCUCGGGCUCGUAACUCUGUCUCGCCUCCCGCGAUCUCUCCCUUCCAAUCCUCCAGUGACAUGAAGAUUCGUGGCAGUCGACACGAUGGCCUGUCCACCAGCUUCGAGACAGCAUCACCAGCGAUCCGCAUUCCCUCGAAGGCAGCAUCAGAGAUCGGUGAUCCUUUCUCAGGCUCCGUCGGUGGCUUGGACGAUCGUGAUGGCUCGCGAUCAGUGUCUGGCAUAAGCGAGCGGCAUGAUAGCCGUGGCAAGCUUCGCCGUCAGCAGGCGAGGCCGUUCAAGAAGAGAGACUCGUACGUUGACACGCCAAUGGCGGCAGCGGCGAGAGACAAGUAUCUGGCGGGGCAGGCGUUGCUGAAGACUUCGCCUUCUACUGCCUCGUUCAAGAGCAGCAAGUCGGCGCAGAAUCAGAAAUUCACGACCCCGAAGCAGAAUGGCUCGGCCAGCGCCUUGAGCAUCAUUGAGACAUCCACCAAUAAGAACGGCUAUGCCUUCUCUGCCGGCUCGCCACCGUUGAGCGACAAUGCUUCGACGGCGAAGGCCAUCCUCCGCAAGCGCCCACUUAGUCAGGCUGGCAUCUUCGCUGAAUGUCCUUACCAGAAUCCUACGGCUGAAGAUGAGGCGGACUCAAGCGAUCUUCUGAACGAUACCAGCAUCUGGGAGAACAUCGACAUUCAAGACCUCGACCUGGACGAUCGCCAGACUGCUCGUCAAUCCACUGGCCCUACAGCAACGAAGAUACAGCCACCGAAGCUUGGUUCGCCGAUAGAUAUUCCCAAGAUGACCCGAGACAAGAUGGCCUCGAAGAUGGAAGAGAAAAAGGAGCGUCAGAGCAAGGGAGUUGAUCAGAUGGUCAAGAACAAGAGCGAGAGCUUGGGCCAGAAGUGGGACGGAGACAAGAUACCGAUCAAGUUGAAGGCCUUCUUGUAG